AUGGCGGUUGAAUUUCACGAUGCUGAAACACAGACAGAAGAAUUUCCCACAUUUCCACCAGUCAAUGCCAAAACUCAGACUGAAGAGUUUGAAGAAAUGUUUUCCAGGCCCAGCGAAUAUCAAGCACCCGACCAAGAUUUCUUUCAAACAGACGGCAAGGUCCGUUUUUACAUGGGACUGCCAUCAUUUGAGAUUCUAAUGGUUGCUUUUGAACACGUGUCUUCACAUGUCACUCCCAAAACUCUAUCCCUCAGCAGAUUUCAGAAAUUUGUAAUGGUCCUAAUGAAACUGCGAUUGAAUGUACCCUUUCAAGAUCUGGCUUACCGUUUCAUGGUAUCUGUGCCCACUGUGUCAAGGAUUUCUUCCUCUUGGAUGGGAGUUAUGGACACCAGGUUGUUUCCUUUUGUUUCCUGGCCAGUUAGGGAGCAGUUAUGGAAAACAAUGCCAAUGUGUUUUCAAUAUGCAUUUGGAAGGAAAGUAACGUUAGUCAUUGACUGUUUUGAAGUAUUCAUUGAAAGGCCAACAAAUCUGUUACCAACAAAUCUGUUAGCCAGAGCACAAACAUUUUCAUCUUACAAACACCACAAUACUAUCAAGAUUCUCAUUGGCAUUACACCCCAAGGAACUGUGUCUUUUGUUAGUUUAGUCUGCCUUCACAAAGGGGAAUCCCAGCUGGAUCCAGUUGAUGUGGAAAAAACUAAAGGCAUCGCAAGUGUUGGUAUCCACGUGGAGAGGGUGAUAGGAUUGUUGCGGCGCAAGUAUACCAUCUUGGAAAGCACACUUCCAACAGAUUUCCUUCCUUGCAACCCAAAUGGACCACCUGGAUCACAGUUUCCUAUGAUUGAUCGUAUUGUGAGG